AUGGCGGUUGGCAAGAAUAAGCAUCUUACAAAAGGCGGCAAGGAGGGAGCCAAGAAAAAAGUGGUUGACCCAUUUUCUAAGAAAGAUUGGUGUGACGUGAAAGCACCAGCUAUGUUCAAUAUAGGAAAUAUUGGGAAAACACUAGUCAUGAGAACUCAAGGAACCAAAAUUGCAUCUGAUGGUCUCAAGGAUCGUGUUUUUGAAGUGAGCCUAGCUGAUCUGCAGAAUGAUGAAGUUGCAUUUGGAAAAUUUAAGUUAAUUACUGAGGAUAAGAUGAUAGAAAUCAUGACCCAAGAGGUGCAGACAAAUGGCUUGAAAGAAGUGGUCAAUAAAUCGAUUCCCGAGAGCAUUGGAAAAGACAUAGAAAAGGCUUGCCAAUCUGUUUAUCCACUCCAUGGCGUCUUUGUUAGAAAAGUCAAAAUGCUGAAGAAGCCCAAAUUUGAAUUGGGAGAACUCAUGGAGCUUCAUGGUGAAGGUAGCAGCUCUGGAAAAGCUACUAGGGGAUGA